AUGAAGCGAUCGCUCGUGCUGGUCGCAGCUAUUCUUCUGCAAUGUCUCGCCAUGGUGUAUGCAGAGGCCACCGACGCCAAAACACAACGACUUGCUAAAAUGGCCAAGAACAACAAUGGUCUUGUCAAGCUCACAUCCAACACAUACACUCAAUUCACCGAAGGAAAACGCAACUACGGCAUGGUGGUAUUGCUCACUGCCUUGGGCGACUACUUUAACUGUGGUCCAUGCCGUGAAUUCGACCCCGAGUACAAACUUGUUGCAUCCAGUUUCCAAAGCACCGAGGACCCAACACGCGUGUUUUUUGGUCAUUUGGAUUUCAAGGAUGGUCAAGCUAUCUAUCAAAAGCUGGGUCUUCAAACGGCUCCAAAUGUACUAUAUUUCCCUCCCGCCAAACCUGGUCAAAAAGUCGAACCUGCCAAAUACGAUCUUGCCAGAAAUGGUUUCUCUGCCGAAAGCUUUGCCAACUUUGUAUCACGUGAGAGCGGUACACAUGUCCCUGUCAAGCGUCCUUUUGAUUAUUUCAGCUUUGGUGUCAAGGCAUUCUUGGUGGUGGGUGCAGCAGCUAUUCUCAAAUUGUUGUAUCGUCAUUUCAGCUUGGUCUUCCAUCACAAGAAUACAUGGGCUGCUUUCUCCAUUCUCUUUAUUCUUAUCAUGAUCUCGGGUCAAAUGUGGAAUCAAAUCCGUAACCCACCUUACGUCAUGCCUGGUCCUAAUGGAAAAAUGAACUUUGUUGCAGGAGGUUUCCAACAACAACUCGGAUUGGAAUCACGUAUUGUAGCAGCUAUUUAUGGUAUUUUGGCUAUGGCAACCGUUGCUCUGGCAGUUUUUGUCCCCAAGAUCAAGGAUAAGCAGCAUCAACGCAUCAGCACCUACGUAUGGGUCAUGUGCAUUUUUAUCGUCUUUAGCGGUUUGAUGAACUUAUUCAAGCUUAAGAAUGGUGCCUAUCCUUUCCGCAUCCUCUUUUGA